AUGGCCAAGAAAAUUCCCGACUUGGAGAAGAACAUACCUGACUUGCGGAACUUCGUUCUUGUGUCGCUCGAUGACCUGUUGACCGGAACAUCAGAACACGACCUCUACGACAAAACACAUGCGGAAGGUGUUAAAGAUCCAGUCCUCAUCUGCCACACGUCCGGUUCCACAGGUGCGCCCAAGCCGAUUAUACUUCCUAAUGGAGCAUUCAACGUUAUCGACAACCAGCGCAGGCUCUCAAAGCUGGAGGGCCGGAAGAACAUGGACUAUUCCUUGUUUGAUCUACAAGGAAAAGGGUUCAUAAACACAUUUCCGGGCUUCCAUAUUGGUGGAAUUGUUGCCAUGACCGCACUUCCAAUCUGGUACGAUUCUCUUGUCGUAAUGGUGCCUUCGAAUAGGCCCGCAAAUGGAGAGAUAAUGGGUCAGAUCAUGUCUCAAAUGCCGAUUCGUGGGAUUUUCAAACCCCCAACAGUGUUCGAAGAACUACUGGACAUACCUGAAGGCCUGAAGCAGAUUCUGCGGACGGAAUCUGUUAUGUGCGUCGAAGUAUGGCGGACCAAUGACCAUUACAGACGCCACCCGGCACAUCCAAAUCUUUUUACAUUCCGAGGGCGAGGUGACGACGUGCUAGUGCUGUCCAACAGGGAGAAGUUCCAACCCGUCAUCACGGAGAGCAUAAUCCAAGGUCAUCCGAGUAUAGAAAGGGCACUUGUCGUAGGGACUGGUCGGUUUCAGCCUGCCCUCGUUAUCGAACCAAAAGUGCAUCCAGCGGAUGCAGAGGCGUUCAUUCAAGAGAUCUGGCCGAUCGUGCAAAGAGCCAACCAGGAAGCCGCAGCCCACGGUAAGAUUUUCAGAGGCAAAAUCAUAUUGACAACGCCUGAUAAGCCAUUUAUCAGAGCUGGAAAGGGCAGCGUCACCCGGCCCAAGUCCACAGCUUUGUACGCUGAUGAGAUCGAGGCGUUGUUUAGUGACUCGGUCGGGGAGAAGGAGCUCGGAGUUCUGUCGCAGGAACAGGUGCAAGAUACGGCAGCUCCCAAGGCGUCACUGGGUGCUUACGUUCGCUCGAUCCUGCCGGAUUUGCCAGAAGGCGCGGAUGGCGACAAAGACGACUUUUUUGCUCACGGGCUUGAUUCUGUCCAGACUAUCGAGCUUGCUAGUGGAUUGCGCGCUUUGUUGCAUCCGCAUCUGAACCCGUCGGAUCUGAGCACGGUAGCGGCGAAGGCGAUUUACGCCAUUUCAACUGUUGAUAGUCUUGCAGAGUACAUCAAGGGCCUACUGGGGAUGACGACGGGUACUGGUGGUGACGUGGCGACGAAGCGAGCAGCUCGCAUGAGCGCCAUGCUGGACAAGUAUAGCACAGGUCUCCCAAAGGCGAAGAAUGGUGCUAUGCAAACGAAAGGUGCUGCUCACACGAAUGGGAUCUCGCGCGCCAACGGUGUCGCUCAUAUAACUGGUACAAGCCCUAUGCUCUGCGUCGUCUUGACGGGCUCCACCGGCUCGCUAGGGACCCAGCUGCUGCAACCUCUUAUAAUUGACCCUCAAGCCUCAAAGGUGGUCUGUCUGAAUCGUGCGGACAAUGCUCUGCAGCGGACACAGGACGCAUUCGCUCAAAGGACUGUGAAGGUUGAUCUUUCCAAGGCCGAGUUCCACAAAGCGCAAUUUGCGGAUGUGAGGUUCGGUCUAUCUACUGAGGCUUAUGACACGCUGAGGGAUGAGGGGGACGUUGUUAUUCAUAAUGCUUGGACUGUCAAUUCCAAUCAAUCGCUGGAGUCUUUUGAAGAUCACAUCCGCGGCGUCCGCAACUUCAUCGACUUGAACAACUCAACCGCCAGGCGCCCUCGCAUCAUGUUCGUCUCCUCCAUCUCUUCCAUCGCCAACUAUUCCGGCUGCUACCCUAACGCCAGUUUUAUCCCUGACGAAUCACUCACCCCAACCGACUACGCCGUCGCCCUUCCCAUGGGGUACGGCGAAUCGAAACACGUCGCCGAACGUAUGCUAGCCGUCGCCGCCGAAAGGUCCGGCGUCAAAGUCGACAUACUCCGUCUCGGACAGGUCGCUGGCCCUAUCGCACCGCAUAGGCGGUGUUGGAAUAGGAACGGAUGGUUUCCAAGCUUGAUUCAAACAAGCAAGGCAUUGGGGUAUCUGCCGGAUAAGCUGAUGGAUGUCGAUUGGAUCCCUGCAGAUGUGUUGGCGAGGAUUAUUCGAGACCUGGCGCAUCAGGAUCAUGGAGGAAUUCAGACGUAUAAUCUCAUCAACCCACACAGCCGCGAUUGGAAAACCCUUGUCCCUUUCGUUCAGAGAAUGAUUGGAGGAGAAGUGGUGCCGUUGAAGGGAUGGAUUGUACGAUCGAGGGCGGUCGACGCGGAUGACAAAGCGGAGGUGGCGGGGAAGCCUGCGUUGAAGAUUCUGGAUUGGUUCGGUGAUGUCGAGGCGGGGUUGUCGGCGGGGAAGGAGGGACUUAAAUAUGCUACGGCGAAUGGGAGGGAGGCGAGUGAGACGAUGAGGGAAUUAGGGCCCGUGAGCGAGGAAUGGAUGGGGCAUUGGUCGGGGGAGUUGGGCCUCUGGGAAGGUCUAGCAUUCAUCAUGAUAACAACCCUCCCACCAAAACAAUCCACCAUGGCGGCCCUAGAUCCUACCCUUUUCCUCACAGCGGGCUCCCCCUACCACGCCGCCGUGCAGCUCAUUUACAAACUCCCCGGCAAAUACCGCCUCGUCCGCCGCACCCACCACACCCACAUCGUCCACGGCACCAACCUCGCCUACCGCGACCUCGUCUGCCCCAGCCGCGGGACCGCCGACGUCACCCUCCGCGCCGCGACGGACGACCAGUACGAAGUGGAGCUGAUGCACACCACGGCCGUCGAGCUCCGCACCUGGGACGGCCAAACGGCCACCAAGGUUGAGAAACGCGCGUUCCGGAUCACGAACGGUCAGUGGAGCCUGUGGGCGGUCCGGACGACGGACGAGGGGGUGGAUGUCGUGGCGGGGAAGCUGGCGGAUCUGACGCUGAGCGUGGCGGGGGGGCCGGAGCGGGUGGGGCCGGCGGAGGGGGACGCGGUGCAGAAGGCGGCGCUGAACGGGGGGCCGUGGCGGGAUGGGCAGGGGGUGAAUGCUGUGGCUAUGUGUGUCUGGGUUGGGAAGCAGCCGUGUUGGCAGCUGAUGCAUCAGGUUGAUCGGCAGAAGCCGGCGGCGAGUGAGGUGUGUAGUGAUGAGUUUUGGCCUGUGGUGGAGGAUGCGGGGAAUGGGUGA